UUUCGAAUGAGGGCGUAUAAUGAUGAGAGAUAACCUGUGUCGUAGUUCAACUUAAAAUGAGGUCGCAGCGAAGCCAUUGACAUUAUUGAAAGAGUAGGCUAUGACAUAUGAUUAGCCCAUUGUUAUCAGAUAAGAAGUGGUAGCCUUUUCACAUUUUAUUCUUUAUAAAAAGAUUUUAACAAUGUCAAAUUCGGAUAUAACACUUUAUAAGUUGGAUGUGUUCGCGGACACGAUUUUUGCGGGAAAUCCAGCAGCUGUGUGUGUUUUGACAUGGGGAUUGAAUUUAUCGGAUGAAACAAUGAUGAAGAUUUCUGCUGAAAUGGGAUCUACUGCAGGUUUCCUAUCCAGAAUAAAGGAACAAGAUAGUUUUAGUACAGCCAAUAAGUUUAAUCUACGGUGGUUCACGACAAAAAGUGAAGUAAAAUUAUGCGGACAUGCAACACUGGCUACAGGAGCAGUACUUACACGUUAUUAUGAUAACCAAUCUGAUGGUAUAACGUUUAUAACAAGUGGCGGAGACCUGGUUGUCAGAAAAGAAGGAAGCAAAAUAAGUAUGAAUCUCCCAGUUAAUGUGUCUACUCCACAGAAUAAAGAAGAUUAUUCUAAACUUAUAUCAUCGUUUGGAGAUCUGCCUAAUGUAGAGGAAGUUCAGUACUGUUCAUCUUUAAAUUAUGUAUUAAUCGUCCUUUCUACAGGAUGGACAAGGAAAGAAUUUGAAGAAUGGCGGCCAGAUAUACCAACCAUACAUAAAGCAGGUGAUAAUGGAAUAUUGAAAGUUGCUGUUAUUACUAUGAGCGCUGAUGGCGACACCGCAUUCAAAGAUGCAGACGGUAAUAGAUAUGAUUUUGUUAGUCGAGUUUUUGGCCCGUGGCUCGGAGCUGAUGAAGACCCAGUAACAGGUUCAGCACAUACUAUAUUAGCUAACUAUUGGUCAAAGAAAUUAGGAAAAAUAGACUUUUAUGCUCGCCAGUGUUCUCCAAGAGGGGGAGAUGUCAAUAUCCAUUUACAGGGAGAUCGUGUUGACUUGAAAGGGAAUGUUAUCAAAGUUUUACAGGGAACCAUGGAUCUAUAAUAGUUUUAAUAGUUUUACCAUAACCAUCUGCAUGUGAAGAUUUACUUUUUAUACCCUCACAUUUUCAUGUGGACGUAUAUUGUCGUCGCACAUGUCCGUCCGGACGCCUGUCGGUCACAAUUGUAUCUGAUCUUGACAAUACUUGAAGUAUGGGUUUAUAUCUCAAAAAUCUCGGUUCCGUUUGAUAUGUAUCGGACCGUAAUUUCCUGGAUUAUGGCCCCUGGUUAUGUCUUUAGCCUGUGGACACUCUAGAGGACACAAUAUUGUAAUCCGAUUUUAAAACCCGUUCAAAUAUAUCACCGUAACUUCAUGGAUUAUGGCCCCUGAUUGCACAAACAAUCACGGUUUUAGCUGGUAGAAACUAGACUGCAUCCGAUUUUGAUGAAACGUGAAAUAUAUGUUUAUAACCCAAAGAUCUUGGUUUCCGUCGAUAUUGGCGGAUGUCGGACGGUAACUUCUUGGCUUAUGGUCCCUGAUAGUGCGAAAAAUCGCGUUUUAGCUUGUGGUCCCUCUAGAAGACAAUUUCUUUUUAUCCGAUUGUAAAAAACUGUUCAAAUAUAUCACCGUUACACCCUAAUGCAGAUUGAGUUAAAAUCGGACCGAAACUGGCCGCUCCUCGUAUGCAAAGGGUAUAAUGUAAUAUCAAGGUUGUGGACCCUCUAGAGGUCACAAUUUUUAUCCGAUUGUUUAUAUCCCAAAGAUUUCGUCCCCUUUCGCUAUUCGCGCAUAUCGGACGGUAACUUCCUGGAUUAUGGCCCCUGAUUGUACGAAAAUUCACGUUUUUAGCUUGUGGCCACUUUAGACGUCACAAUUUUUUUCCGAUUUUGAGGAAACUUAAAACAUAUGGUUAUAUCCCAAAGAUUUCGAUUCCUUUCGAUAUUCGUGUAAUCGGACCUUAACUUCUUGAAUUAUGGCAAAUAUAAAACACCGUUACACCCGAAUGACGAUUGAGUUCGAUUUUCGUGAUAAUCGGACCGAAAUUGCCCGACAAAAUGGCCGCUCUUCGUACGCUAAUAGUGUAAAAGUAUGUAAUACUAAUGUUGUGGACCCUCUAGAAGUCACCAUUUUUAGCCGAUUUUGAUGCAAAUUAAAAGAUGUGUUUAUAUCCCAAAGAUCUUGGUUCCUUUUGAUAUUGUCGUAUAUCGGACCGUAACAUCCUAGAUUAUGGCCCCAGAUUGUAGGAAAAUCUCUCUUUAGCGAUUGUAGUUUGCAAAUUCACGAUCCACUCAAUACCUGAUCAGACAAAUCUAACUGAUUUAAUAAUAAUAAUAAUAAUAUUAGAACAUCUCGAUUCCUUUUGAUAUUCAUGAAAUAUGGUCCAUGGUCCCUGAUUGUACGAAAAUCGCGUUUAAAGUUUUUUCUCAGUCCAUUUCUUGCAAAAUGUGGGCGUAUCUUCUAUGGCAACCGCUAGUUACUUUCUCGAGUUAAGACAUUAUACAUUAACAGGUUACUUACCUAAGCAGCAUCGAAAACUAAUGCAAAGGGUCUCUCACGAUCCAGUAUUGACCGACAAAUCUGGUACUCAUGAAAUAAUAGCUUUAUAGUAGGCCUAGGGAUGCUAUAUUACAUCGUUUUUGUUUGAUAAAAUAUGAAUACUUCGUGUACAAUAAAUUACAGACUGCUUUUCAUGUUAGGGGGGAAUUGAGGUGUUUUACCCGGGAUUUAGGGGUCAAGCAAUACAUUAAAUAAAACCAAUCACUAGAUGAAAAUCACAUGACGUCAUCCUGAAAUCCAAGAUGAUUGCCAAAUAGCCACCAAACUAUAUAAACUGUCAUAAUAUUGUUCACGUUGGCAUGACAGAACUGUGAUUUUGGUGUAUAUACAUAGGUCAUAGGGGUCAACCUAUCCAUUAAAACAAUUUACCAUAUCAAAAACAGUUAGCGUCAUUGUGAAUGAGCAGAAAUUCGCCCGUAUAUCCGUUAUCAUUCGUCACAUUAGUCAGUUAUAUAGAGAGAUGACUCGUGUUUUCCUUUGGCGUUCGUCACUUCCGACUCAGGAAACCUGUAUUACUCAGCUAUCGUAGCAAAAUUAUGAUCUCUGUGUUAAAAUUAUAUUUGGAAUGUGUGUAACCAGCUCUAUCACAUAUGUGAUAAUGACUGGCACCAAUGUUGUCCUUUAACAUAACUUGCAUCGACCAAUCAAACAAUUAUGGCCUAUGAGUUUGCACAGAAGACUUCAACUUGAUUAUCGUACACGAUGAACUUUGGGGUUCACGGAGUAGAAGGCGAAUACUUUAAGAUUAAAUGAAUUGAUAAUUUAUAUGCACGGUGUCUUGACGUACAAUAGGGCCAGACCGAGUAAACUGGUACCGGGCCUACUGGAACGAAAUACUAUACCCAGCGGCAACACGUUUAGCGAGCCAAAUGAGGUUCCUGGAUAUUUCAGGUCGAUUCUUAUAGUGACAAGUCUCAGUUUAUAUCAAUGCCAAGUAACAGUUAUAGGCCUAAUAUCAAUAGUUCUUAAUAGUCUACCAUGACCAAAUUAGAUAUUGACAACCUCGUCGGUCACUACACUGCCAUCAUGCCCAAUAGGGGCUAGAUAGUAGAUCUAUUUACCAAGGCCAUCUGCAGAUUUCCCCAAGAUCACGAGAUGUAGACAGGGUUAGGGAACGUGAUUGUUGCCUAGAAUUGUGGGUUAGGGUAAUGCUAGGUCUUCACGCAUGCGUAAAAAAAUACUUUUUCUCCAGUUCACUUAUUCGAAUUGGGACUCUCCAGGGAGUGUUUCGGAAAAAAAUUGAACAACUAUUUGUUCAGAACCCUAAGGUCAUGCCUCCCCCAAAAAAUCUAGGGUGCACGCCCCUAGACGUAAUACAGAUGACUUGAGGAGCCAUGUUAUGGAACCCUGCUGCGUUCACGGGGUUUUGCUACGGUGCCCGAGAUACAUAGAAACUGGGGCCAAAUUCCAGAACCGGAAGUGCGAGAGGUCUAAAAGUUGAAGCCGUGGGCCAAAAUG